AGAAGAGGAACUAACAAACAGCUUGUUCUCCUUGAGACAAGAUUUUAUGCCAAAAUUCCUGAGUGAAUCAGAGCAUGAAGACUCAUGGUCACAUAGUUCUAGUGAUUAUGGGAAUAACCAGCAGGAAGUAGAUGAGGACACAACGCAGAAGCAGAGGGAGCUGAUUAACGUUGAAGAAGAUGACGGACAGAAGUCACGCCGGUGCAGAAGGGGAACCGAAAAAGGUGACGUCCUUGGAGACAGUGAGGUUGAGUUGGCUUCUAACAAACGCAGCUUCUCUACAGGUGGAAUUAAUGAAGGGUAUGGAAAAUCCCAACCUUCACUCAAAGAUGAAGAAACCGUGGAAGGAGUGGCGGACAGCAUUGAUGAUGGAGCAGAAACGGAUGGGACCGUAGAUAGCAGAAAGUUUGGACUGCAUGGGGGAGGUUUGAAUUCAAAAAAUGAUAGCCAAAUAAUAGAAAGAGAAGAAGAAGACAAGGAACAUGAGGGCCAGGGAGGUGAGCACAGUAGUUGGAGGACGGGCCUUUGGCUCAAACGGCCCGAUGGUAAAGGAGCAGCACGGGCUUGUGAGGAUAAUUCAGCCAACAGUUGGGUUGGGGCAGAAACAAGGGAAGAGAAUGGGCCGAGAGAGGAAGUGACGUUGGAGAAAAAUCAAAAGGAAGAUCUUAAGGACAAAGCCGAAAACAGCAACAAAUUCUGGGAAGGGUUUGAAAGCGAAGAAGGCAGUGAGAAAGAAUGGAUGGGAAGAACAACUCUGAGGGACAAAAAGAGAAGAAGAAAAAGGGCCAAAUCAUGUAGCCUUGUAUACCAGAAAUCAACAAAGUUGGGUCAAUUUCACCAAAAGAAAAGAGGAAGAGGCAGAUCCAACUCACGGGAAACCAAGGGAGAGGUAAUCCCGAAAUUCUUACCGGGCACAAGUAACUCUGUUGCAGGGGGAUCAAUUGGAGACAACGGCAUAGAAAACUGUAAUAGACUACUGAAGACACAACUAAGCCGGAAAAGUGCAAAAGACUUGUGGGAUUUUGCUAAACAAUUGGGGGUGAUAGCUGAGAAUGAGGAAGUGAUGAUCAAGAAUUUGGAAGAAAUGGAGAACAGAGACAGAAAAGCCAAGGCAGCAAGUUUGGACAAGAAGGGAUGUGGGGGUGAACAAGUCCAGCUCACGGAAGAGGAAAUUAACAGAAGAAAGGAGGCACUCUUAGAUCUAUGGAAAAAUAUGAAUACCAAGGAGAGAAUGGCACAACAGAAGUCAAGGAAAACCUGGUUGGCUAACGGGGAUGCAAACACCAAGUUCUUCCACAAUUGUGUCAAAGGCAAAUGGAAAAUCACAGAAAUAAACAGCAUACAAAUCAAAGAUUCUCAACUGGUUGAGCCUACCACAAUGAAGGAGGAAAUUGCAAAUUUCUUUGAAAACAUGUUCAAAGAGGAGAAUUGCGAAAGACCCAAAUUGGAGGGUAUCAGUUUUCAGCAGAUAACUGAGCAAGAAAAUGCAUCACUUAUUGUUAGAAAGGAGUGGGAGACAAUCAAAGGAGACGUGAUAGGAUUCAUAAAGGAGUUUCAAGAAAAAGGAGAGCUGGUCAGAGGACUGAAUUCCUCAUUUAUUGUCUUGGUGCCAAAAGUGAAUAAUCCACAGAGGAUAGAAGAAUAUAGGCCCAUAUCCCUUAUCGGUGCUGUGUACAAGAUCCUUGCCAAACUAUUAGCCAAUCGACUCAAAAAAGUACUCGAUCAAGUGAUUGGCAAGCAACAAAUGGCAUUCAUAAGUGGAAGACAACUAAUGGAUGGGGUUGUGAUUGCAAAUGAGGUAGUAGACGAAGCAAAGAAGAAGAAAAGGAAGAGCUUCCUAUUCAAGAUUGAUUUCGAGAAGGCUUAUGACAAAGUGUGUUGGAAGUUCCUUGAGUGUAUGAUGCAGAAGCUGGGGUUUUGCGACACUUGGAGAAGGUGGAUCAUGGAGUGCUUGAGAACUAGCCAAGUUUCAGUGUUGGUGAAUGGCAGCCCGACUAGACAGUUCAACAUCAGCCAGGGCCUUAGACAGGGAGAUCCUCUAUCUCCUUUUCUGUUCCUGAUUGUUGCAGAGGGGUUAAAUGGGAUGAUUACCACAGUAGUGCAGAAGGGACUCAUGGAGGGUGUGGAGGUAGGAUCCAAAGGAUUCAAGGUAUCACACUUACAAUUUGCAGACGAUACAAUUCUUUUUGGCUCUGCAACAGAGCAAAACGUCUGGGCAAUGAAAGGCAUUAUGAGAUCAUUUGAGCUUGUUUCGGGAUUGAAGGUCAAUUUCAACAAAAGCCAACUCCUGGGUAUUGCGGUGAACGAGGAGUGGCUUGACAAAAUGGCAUGGGUGUUGUGCUGCAGAAAGGAUUUUUAUCUCUUGGUGGAAGGAUAACUCUUAUUAACUCAGUGCUAUCUAGCUUGCCCGUAUUCUGGAUGUCGAUGUACUGGAUCCCAUCAAGUACGAUCCUUGCCUUAGAUAAAAUUAGAAGAUGUUU